CUCAGUCUCUCUCUCUCUCUCUCUCAUUGGCGAUCACAGCGCCUGAAUAAUUGAAGGGCUGCACGGAAUCUACGGACUCUGAGAGGAAUAUUCAAAGGACUAAAAUGACAAUUAAAGAUUUUAGGAAAUAAACACGGGCUUAAGAAAUAGAGGACUGGAGAACAUGGACGCACUGAACAGACGAUCACCGUAAACUCCUCUUUACGAUUUUUUACUUUUAUGCAGUUCGUCAUGGAUUUAAUAGAUGUUUGGAUUAUUUUAACAAUGUAAUUUGCGUUUAAAUCAAAACGCCAAAGCGCGUCGAAUUCAAAGGCGAUCGUGGCGCUGAAAUGCAAUGCUCGAGCUCAAUUCUAUUUCUGAAGUUUAUAAACCGUGAUCAGAAUCGAAAUCUAAAGCGACAGGACUGACUGAUUUAUUAAAGGACGUUUCUAAAAAGACUUUCAGCGUGUGAAGAACCAGUGUUACAGGAGAUAUAUCCAGUCGUUUCAAUGCAUUCAUUCAUUUUAAUUCACAAUAAAGCCCAGGACUCUUCGAAGAAAGGCCAUCAGUAGCCGAUCUUUCACUACAACAGAAACAGAAAACACGCAGAAAAACUAAUCACAAACCGAGUUUAGCGAGUGACCAUGAUCAUCGCGUCGCGGUCUGUUCGAGACUAGCCGUGUCUUCUCCAUGUGUCAGAAAUGAAGGAAAAGUCCAAGAAUGCUGCGAAGACACGAAGAGAAAAAGAAAAUGGAGAAUUUUAUGAACUGGCCAAACUGUUGCCGCUGCCCUCGGCCAUCACAUCUCAGUUGGACAAAGCGUCCAUCAUCAGACUGACCACAAGCUACCUGAAGAUGAGAGCCGUGUUUCCAGACGGGCUCGGAGAGGCCUGGGGUCAGUCAGCGAGGGUCAGUCCUCUGGACAUCAUGGCCAAAGAUCUGGGAUCUCACCUGCUGCAGACGCUGGACGGGUUUGUGUUUGUCGUCGCUCCUGAUGGUAAAAUCAUGUACAUUUCAGAAACAGCUUCGGUACAUCUGGGUUUGUCACAGGUGGAACUGACCGGUAACAGCAUCUUUGAGUACAUUCAUCCAUCAGACCACGACGAGAUGAGCGCCGUGCUGAGCGCACACCAGCCGCUGCAGCCACACUUCCUGCAGGAGCUGGAGCUCGAGCGCUCGUUCUUCCUGCGCAUGAAGUGUGUUCUGGCGAAGCGGAACGCGGGACUCACGAGCGGCGGUUAUAAGGUGAGUUCGUCUCUCUUCAACUGUACUAAUAAACCAUCAAACACACGCACAGGUACCAUGUCAAAAAAUGAAAAUGGUAUGUUUGUGAAAAUGCUGAAACCAUCGAAGAAACUUGAGAAAAAGGAUCUACCUGAGAAAGCAGCUAGCGAGGACGUCCAUACGGGCGACAAUGUUGGCCAGCUUGAUCCAGCAUUAUCCAGGGCGCCACAGGAGAUGACUGAGAAAGAUGACAAAGGUGAUUGA